AUGCCGCGGAACAAGGAGCAGCGGCCUCAAUCGGCCUCGGGAAGCACAAAAGAGAAAGACUUCCACACAUCCGAUGAUGGACCUGCUCCCAAGCGCUCCCGUGGUCUUCUUGGAUCAUCCAGAUCCCAUAAGAACCAGCCUUCUCCGACAGCGACAGGUUUCAGUGGCGCGACUGCAAACCCCAGGGACAGCACCGACGCCCAAUCCAGGGAGUCGAGAGGCAGACCAACAGCGACGCCGGAAAGUUCCGAGCUUGGUUCACCUGCCGUUGGGCCUAAGAAGAAGAAAGGAGGUUUCCUGGCUCUCUUCGGGUGCUGCGGCGUCCCUGACUCUGCAAAUGGCCUCGACACUGAGCCUCCCGAGCCGAACCACAAGCUCGAGAAGAUCCCUGAGAGACCGGCUACUGCCAGUCGGGGGAGAGCAACGCCGUCGGAGCAGCCUUCGGGAAGCAAGACUCAACUCUCUGAGAAGGAGCCGAUCCCGCAGCAGGGUCACAUGCCUAAGUCUUCCUCUAAGAAUGGAAAGCGGGUUUCCGGUGCUAGCACUCAGGAUCAGUCUACGGUUAGCGGCGAUCGGGACAACGAGUCAAAGCAGACUACGCUCGUUAGCCAUGGCGCAAGCAAUCCCGUCAUCUCGGUGGAGUCGCCGAAGGCUUCCAGCACGGAGUCGGAGAAGGUGGCGGAGUUUGUUCCAGAGAAGGAUGCCGAGGGUGAUAUCACCAUGACAGACGCCGAGCCGAUUGAAUCGAAGCAGGAACAGCAAGAACAGCCACAGCAGCAGCAGCAGCAGCAGCAGCAGCUACCAGAUGAGGCUGAGAAGGAUAGUGAAACCGAAGCUGUUGAGAUCGUGCCCCGGAUCCCGCCACCACCUCCAGGACCUCCAGUACCUAAUCCCCCAACCUCUGACCUGAUUGAGAGCCCAGCGGAGCAGCCUCGGAAGUACCUUCUUCCUCCUCAAGCCCCUGAGCUUAAAGGCCGCAAAUGCCUAGUUCUCGACCUGGACGAAACGCUCGUCCACAGCUCAUUCAAGAUGCUCCACCAAGCUGACUUCACAAUACCAGUGGAAAUUGAAGGCAAUUAUCAUAAUGUCUAUGUUAUCAAGAGACCCGGUGUCGACGAGUUCAUGAAGAGAGUCGGUGAACUCUACGAGGUUGUCGUCUUCACCGCGUCGGUUGCCAAGUAUGGUGAUCCGCUCCUUGAUCAGCUGGAUGUCCACAAGGUUGUGCACCACCGGCUAUUCCGUGAGAGCUGCUACAACCACCAGGGCAACUACGUCAAGGAUCUGUCACAAGUCGGCCGCGACCUGAAGGACACCAUCAUCAUCGACAACUCGCCAACCUCAUACAUCUUCCACCCGCAACAUGCGGUUCCUAUCAGCAGCUGGUUCUCAGACGCCCACGACAAUGAGCUGCUCGACCUCAUCCCCGUCCUAGAAGACCUGGCUAGUCCGAACGUGCGUGACGUCAGCCUGGUUCUGGAUGUCACUCUUUAA